UAACCUAUUGUUAAAACGGCUUGCCAUAGGGGACAGCCUCACUGCACUGUGCUCCAUAAAUGUUUAUGUCCUAUAAUCUUCUGUAGUGUGUAGUACUGUGGCGAAGGCUGCAGGAGCGGCUUCUCUUCUUCUGUGUCACCUCAAUGAACGCAAACCUCAGUCAGACCUCAACAUGGGAGGAGUGUCAGUCGUGUCGUUGGACUUUUAGAAGUUUGCAGAAUAUUGUUUUGUUCUAUCUGAUCAUUUUCGAUGCUUCUUCCUCUGUAACAAACAUUUGGAAACAUUUUGAGGCGGGAAGGCGUCCCACUUACCCUGUAUUCCCGCAGACAGCGAUGAUGGGACAGUUGUGCUGGAUGUAUGGUCAUUGACAGGAUGGAUAUCACUGGGAUCCUCUCUAUCGCUGCUGUCUUUCGUUUCUGUGUCGGUGUCUACGGCGAGGGAAGACAGAGCGCUGUGUACCUAAAUACCCUGCAGAGCACAGGGCUUCUGUCAUGCUCUGAGGGUUUCACUCAGCUGGGUUAUUACAAUGGAUCCGUGUCUCAGACAGACUCUGGCUCUUCCUGUUUAAAAUGGACUGACUUUCCAGACUACAUGCUGCAGUACCCUGAUCGUGGGCUGGGUGACCACAACCACUGUAGAAAUCCUGACCGUGAAUCUAACCCCUGGUGCUUUUUCAGACAAAAGUCAGGAGCCAUCGGAUGGGCCUACUGCGACUGCCACCAGGGUGAGGCUCGGUUGGUGGGGGCUUCUUCUAAUAAGAGUGGUCGUCUUGAGGUGUACCUGAAUGGUCGCUGGGGAGCAGUGUGUGACACCCACCUGACCGAUCGAGAUGCCAGUGUGAUCUGUAGACAACUGAGGCUCGGUGAAAUCGGCACUGCGCUUCGGCACUCUUACUUUGGACCUGGAUCUGGUCUCUUCCACUUUGAACGUCUUGGCUGCCAUGGUAAUGAAGAUUCUCUGCUGAAGUGCCGGAGCCGGAAAUAUGUCUCCGGUGACUGUAACCAUGGCAAUGAGGCCGGAGUUGUGUGUGCUGUUCCAGAGGGCAAUGGUGCCCCCCUGAGGCUCGUGGGAGGCCUUGAGGAUUUUGAGGGGCGUGUGGAGGUGUACCAUAAUGGGAGGUGGGGUACUAUCUGUGAUGACGAAUGGGAUGAUAUUGAUGCUGAAGUUGUUUGCAGACAGUUGGGAUUGGGUGGUGUACCAAAGGCAUGGUCAUGGGCACAAUUUGGGCAGGGCACUGGGCCUAUUGUACUGGAUGGAGUGCACUGCACAGGAAAUGAGCUGUCUCUUGAGGAAUGUCCUCAUGCGCCCUGGGGCCGGCACAACUGUGACCACAUGGAGGAUGCUGGAGUGUCUUGUAACCCAUUUACAGAUGGAGUGUUGCGUCUAGUAGGAGCUGAUAGCCCAUGGGAAGGACGCCUGGAGGUUUAUCACGCUGGAGAAUGGGGCACCGUAUGUGAUGACAACUGGACCGGACGUCACGCCCAGGUGGUAUGUCGACAGUUGGGUUAUCGAGGGCGUGCUGAGGUGGCUCCAGAUGGGAUGUAUGGGGAGGGUACAGGGUUGAUCUUGCUGGAUGAGGUGAAAUGUGAAGGGGGCGAGAGCUCUCUGCUGGAGUGUGCUCAUGGUCAGUGGGGGCAGCAUGACUGCUCUCACAGUGAAGAUGUGGGCAUACGCUGUGAAAGAGAAGGACAGAACAAUGAAAUCCCUGAAGUGGCUCCUGCCACAGGUCCCCUGGUGAGGCUGGUGGAUGGUGAGAGUCGUAAGGAGGGCCGUGUAGAGGUGUUUAUUAAUGGCCAGUGGGGCAGCGUGUGUGAUGACGGUUGGAAUGACAUCAACGCUGGAGUGGUCUGCAGACAGCUAGGAUUCAUUGGGGUCUCGAAGGCCCGCUCAGUGGCUUAUUUCGGCGAGGGCCAGGGACCCAUCCAUCUGGAUAACGUGAGGUGCGUAGGGACAGAGGCUUCGUUGGGGGAGUGCUCAGCUUUAGGCCCGGACGCCCAUGAUUGCAGGCACAGUGAGGACGCAGGAGUCAUCUGUGAUUACAUCACUGAACCUGUAAAGUACAGCGGCAUGAGCAAGCAGGAAUGUGGUUUGAGACCCAACACACAGAGGCGCAGGAGAAGGAUCAUUGGAGGAGACAAGUCUCUACGUGGGGACUGGCCGUGGCAAGUAUCUUUGUGGCUGAGGUCUCAAUCGAAAGGCACACAUCCACUUUGUGGGGCUACUCUCAUCAAUUCCUGUUGGAUCAUUACUGCUGCUCAUUGCUUCAAGAGGUUUGGUGCUGACCCCUCCCGUUACGUGCUGCGGCUUGGCGACUACCACACCGAGGAGAGGGACGACUUUGAGCGCACUCUCUCUCCUGAGCGCAUCGUGAUCCACAGGAAGUACAACAGCCAGGGCUGGGAGUAUGAUAUUGCCUUGUUGAAGUUGAAGGGCACAGAUGGGAACUGUGUGGCCUUUAACCCACAUACUAAUGCAGUUUGCCUUCCGGCUCACAGCAACAAGAGGGGCAAGAGACCCAUCGCCUGUGUUAUUACCGGCUGGGGAAUUACAGACUCUGAGUAUUCCCGAACACUCCUGCAAGCCUGGGUUCCGUUACUGCCAUCCUGGAAGUGUAAAAAGCGCUACGGCAGUCGCUUCACCAGCCGCAUGUUGUGUGCCGGGAGCUUAUCGAACCAUAGGCGUGUGGACAGUUGUCAGGGUGACAGUGGAGGUCCCCUGGUGUGCCAGGGCGACAGUGGGCACUGGAUGCUCACAGGAAUCAUCUCCUGGGGUCACGGUUGUGGCGACCCCACCUAUCCUGGUGUAUACACACGGGUCGGCCGGUUCCUGAAGUGGAUUGAGAAAGUCACCCACAGCCCUGCCAAAGCGUGAUGUUACAGUGUUGACAUUAAUGCCACUUACCGCAUUGUGUAAAUAUAUAUUAUGUAAUGUCUAUGAAGGGAUCACUAGCUGGCCAUUAGGUUAAGAGCUGGUUUGAGCCCAGUUUUUGUGUUGCACAUUUUACCACUUGCACCGUGCCAUUUCAAUUCAAUUUCUGUACACUUGAAACGUUCAUGAACAUGAAAAAGAAUAUAAAGCCACAAAUGUAGGUUUUUGAGGGACAGCUGCAUUAAGUGAGUGGAGUUUUCCGGGAUUGAAAGGUCUUUGACGGAUAAGCCUUUGUAAAGAAGUCAUUUUGCACUAAUCUGCAUGCCAACAAAAUGGAGCAUCUGUGGGAGGUCUGUGUUCUGGUCUGGCUCUUCUGGAUCAGGUUCUUAAAUGAGAUCACAUAUUGCACUUAAACAUGUUUUGUUGACCUGGAGGGAUAGUUCAUCCAAAAAUGAAAAUUCUGUCAUCAUUUACUCAUCCUCAAGUAGUUUGAAUUUGAACCUUUGAAUUUUUUAAUGAAUUUCUUUGUUCUGCGGAACACAAAGGAAGAUAUUUGGGAGAA